AUGCUAGCAAGUGAAAGUCAGGAGAAGAUGGUCAAGGAGUACCUGGAUUAUCAGGUUGACGACCCUCUCUCAUACGUAGAGUUUAAGUACCCGCUUAAUGAAUGGGAUAAUGUACCUCCCAUCAUUCCGAGAUUUGUCCUUCGGAUGAACCAACAUUUGAAAGCAAUUGUACAUAAGUGUAAAGAGAAAUUUAAUGAAGAGACUACCAAGGACCUCCGCAUAGACUUUGAGGCGCGGAAUAAACAGUUAGGCGUCAGGAUUGAGACUAUUGUUGACGAACAAGAGGAUGAAAAUAACCGAACUCGGCAGGAUAUCCACAAACUUCAAGCUGACUUAUUGGAUUUGAAAAAUAAUUUUGAGAAGUUUUUGAAUCAAUUCAAAACUAUGGCUGAUGAUGACCUCCCAAGCUUCUUAAGGAAUACGCAUACACCAAAAGAGAAAUUAAAGCAAGCUCGGAGUUAUAGCAUCUCUCAGUUGCAGGACUUUUUCGAUUACUGCUUACGUAACAGUAAACUUCAGAAAGAUUUCGAUAAAGAACAUAACUUCGGGCAGACACAAAAUUUAAGGAUAGGCGAUCUCGAGGAUAAAUAAAAGACAGCUUAACAAAAGAAUCGACAUGUCAAUCAAAGAGCGGAACCAGAUUAUUGAAAAUAUUCGAAAAUUCAUUCAACAAGUCAAGAAAGAUAACGAAAGCAGGGCCAAAACUAUAAAUGCUGACAUCAAAACCAACCAGGAGAAAAUAAAGGAGCUGAACCAAUUCAGAGAUAGUUCCAGGACUUUUGAGGAAAAUAUCAUAAUACAAUUAGAGAAGAUGACUAUCAAAUUAGAGCACAACAAAUCACACAUCAACAAGUGCAUCAAGCAACUAAACAACCAGAUGAACGAUGAGAUUGAAAAGGCAGGCAAUGAGUUCAGAAAACUUAACGAUGAGACCUUCAACGAGAUGACUGAGCUUGCCGAUACCAACAGCGCUAAUAUUGACAAACUUAACCGCAGACUUAACAUAGAAUGGAAGAAUUCUGAGCAAGAAUUUGAGAAUAAAAUCAAAGCUUUUAGUAAAGACUGCACGAAGAAAAUCGAAGAUGUGAAGAUGAAAACUAACAAAGCCAGAGAUAAAAUCAAGGAUAUCUGCACUGACUACUUCACCAAGCAUGAAGAGAAUGUUAUUGAGAUUAAGACGAAGGUUAAUAGUGUUAUUCAGUCCUUCGAAGAUUGGAAGAUGUACGUGAUGAACCCUCAAAGCAUAAAUGAAGCGAGGAUUCACUCAUUGGACGUAAAAUGAGAUGAUAUUGAGAAGCAAGUGAGCAGUAACUUCACUGUAAUCUACACUAUUGUAAAGAAGUUAUUAUUCAGCUUACAACAGCAAGCUGUUGCUCCAAAGGAUCACUCUAGCCUUCUCGCUUCACUCAAUGACCCGAAUCAGACUCAAGAGACUCAGAACUUUCAUGGAAUUUCGAUGGAUAAAAGGUCUGAGACUGAAAUGAGUCCGAAAAGCAAGAAAAAUAGUGAUUUAAUGUUCCUCAAAAGAAUCUUCAACCUACAAGGCCAGCUGAAUAAGAUAGCUGAGGGAAAAUAGAAAAUCUACUGAAAUUCGCAGCGCUGAGAGGUCAUUUAAUAAGUCAGCAGUCGGGGUUCCAGUCAAGAUACCACAGCUAAACCAAAGUUUCUUCACUAAUCAUACUAAAUAUACAAUAGAUUCUGGAGAAUCUGUGAGGAAGACAAGGUCAAGAAGGAAGCAAAAUCAGAGUAUUCCAGGUCCUAAAUAAGGAAUCAAGGCUCACUAAGACAAAUUUCGAACCCUUCCUGAAGAGCAAAGAACUGACUAGGCCUAUAGAGAGUAGAUUUGAUACUCCUGAAAGUACCUAUCCCCCGAUCAAAGAAGACUCAACUGAGAGAAGACUUAAUGCCCAAAAAGUUGUUAAAAAGGAGCCAUUGAAGAAAAUAACUAGGAACAUGUUGGAGAAACUUAAUGACAGUUUACACCAGAAUACUAGCACUUAUACAAAUUCUUUUACUAACAGAAGUAUUAAAGAUGAUAUAGUAUUACCUGAAUCUCAGAAGGUCGUCUCAAACAUCCCUCAGAUAACAAAGAUGCUGGAUAGCAACAAGUACAUAACUGAUCUGGAUAGAGAGAAGAUGAAGAAAGAAAAUGAGGUGAUAAGUCCCAACAAUGUGUACAAAAGUGUGUUCAAAGCUAUGAAUUCUAGCAUUCAGUAAUUUCAACAAUUUUUUGAAAA